AUGUGUUCCGCUGUGACAUUGGUGGAGCCGCAAGGCGUCUUCCGCAUAGCAACAGUUGCUAGGGUAGUCUCUCCCGUGCAUUUCCUGCUUCCUAUGCUCGUGUUGUUUCCCAGGCAGAGGGCUCGUUUGCCGGCUGACCUUUCACUGCGAGCCGAGGCUUUACUGCCGAGCCCAGGCAAGGGCCUAGCACAUCCACAGGUGACAUAAUCCCACUAUUUGCUGUCCGGGCCAGAUAACCAUAUUAUGUUGUCUUCAAGCUGCUCUCACAGGCUGCUGUCCCUGCUGAAUCAGGCUCUACUUAGCUGCAAGGAAGAAGAGAAACAGCUUGAAGAACAUUUGAGGCAGAGCCGAGUGCUUCUAGGUGGCUGGAACACUGACAAGUGUGAAACCUUGGAGCAGGAUGAUAAAUUAAGUGAGCCCCAGGAGAGCCAGCUGUCCCCGGAGGAGCUGCAGGAGGUGGAACUACUCAGCAGAGCCCUGGAGAAAGCCAUGAGAGUGCGGGGGAAAAGCGGAAUGGAAGCUCCCACUAUUACAGCUCCACCGAGCACACAGACAGUGCUGUCUUGUCCACCGACAAAACAAAAGCCAGCCAAACCUUCUAACAGGCUUCUACAUGCAGGAUCAAAGCCAGUGUCCUACCAGUUGAAUGCUCCAUACAAGACUAACCCAGACAAGAGAACGGUCCGAGGGCCUGGAAGAGGAUCAUUGAAUAAUAAGACUGCACGUUUAACACCUUUACAACAGCCAGCUCCACAAAAGGGCAAAGACAGGCAGCCAGAGACCAGGGGAAGUUCCACAAGGACACCCAGCACGAUAGUUAAACCCGACUCUCCACCUUCUACUGUCCCAGAUGAGGAGACCCCAAGACAGGAGAAAACGCUGAAGGAUAAAGGAGCAACGCUGAAACUGCCCAUGGAGUAUCGUCAGGAGUACAUGAGGAACAGCAGAUUAUGGGAGAAGUUCUAUGAGACACAGGUCCAUGUUCCUGCUUCCAGACCCUCAUUUAUACAGAGGCUGCAAACAACUUUUUUACCAGAGGCCCCGCAGCUGAGCCUCUUUGAGAUAGAAGAAGAGGCUGCACGCUUACAGAGAGCUGUGGAAAGCGUACAGCAGAAUAUAGACACUGCCACUAAUUGGCAAGGAUCAGGUCCGACCCACUGGCAGAAUUACCAGUCUCUGCUGCUGUUGGAUGUUCUGCAAGAAGAAGUGGCCAGGUGUCAUGCAGAGGUACAGAAGCUGCAGAUGGUUGCUGAGCAAUACAGGAGCUGGGCUGAGAAACUUUCCAUUAACACCAUGUGUACAGAGUCGGUAGGCUGCCCCGUUAUGUACCGCAGGUCUCCCCCCGUGAUCAUAUACAGCAAUUACAUUGAGCUUUGUGAACUGACCCUCAGCAGGCUGAGAGUGUUGGAGUUCCAGCAGAAGAUUUAUUUACAAAAGGUGCUGAGUGAAGAGCUGCUUGCUGAGGCUGAUUCCCAGUGUCAGGGCUCCUCGGCCUCCUGCACACUACUUAGGGCUCUCUAUACCCAGCUGUGUGAGGGAGGAAAGCUGUUCCCUGUACUGGUGCAGGACGAUGGCUGACUGCCGCCAGGCGCACAGUACCCCACGGAGGAAGAUUAAUGCUGGGUAAUACUGCUGUCCGGUUUCCCUCAACAGUAGCACUGAAUUAUCAUAUUUAAAUGUGUUCUAUUUUAUAUAUUAGGCUUUGUCUUCCAAAUAUAUAUAUAUAUAUAAUAAUAAAAUGAAAAUAAAAAGCUAAAUGUUUUGACAUAAAACAUGUAUAGUUGAUUCUAUGCCGAAAACACAUCAUACUUGUAUUAUAUAAGUGACAAAUGCCAUUUUGCCUGUCUUGUUAUUAUUAAUAUUGUAUAACACGUUGGACUGAAAACCUCAAGUAUUUACCUUUUAGAGGAACCAGAGAGGGAAUUGGCUCUCGCUUCAGUCACAUGGAAGAGGUCCAGGAUAUAAGCUAAUUACAGUCUGGCCCGCAUCUACCUGUGUUGCUGUGUUAUUUGAUUAGUAAGGGAAAUUAAAAC